AUGGACUACUUCAACCAUGGCUCGCGCAGGCGUGGCAACUCCAUGAACGAGCAGGAUAAUGCUGCUCCUCAACGACCUGGUGCCCGUUAUGUGCCUGGCGCACCGUCCUUUGAGAGCCUCAGGGCGCCCUCAAACAUCCGCAUCCGAAGGCUGCCAUCGUACACCAGCGUGAAUCUGGCGCGUCCCGCUACCCAGGAAAACGGCAGGAGCCCUGGCAUUCCCGAGGAUCCCGAGGAAGACACUGCAGUAACGGGCAGACGUAGGAGCUCUUCCGCCCCGCAGCGACCUAACGUCAAUGAUCUUCUUGCCACGGACUUGGAGAGGCAAAGAACUGUCGACCUGCCGCGUUCUCGAAUGCUCGCAAUUCGAGAAGGCGAACAGAUUACACCACAAGCGGGCGGCACGCAUGCAGAUCGUCCAUAUGGCACUGAUGGUUCUCUGCCAGCGACACCAGGGAUCAGUGUGCACGACAUGGAGCCCGCAACGCCUCCUGUGGAGAGGGUUGGCGCGGGGGCUGGAGCUAUGCACAGCGCAGGCGCUGCCGCUCAAAGGAACCGGGGGUUUGGCCUGAGUCGAUUCAGAAGUAACACCUCUGCUACGCGAGAGAGCCAGCGACCUCCUUCUCGAGCCUCCGGCACAGAGUACGAGUCAGAUGUCAUUGAUCUGCUUGACCUCGUCGAUCCUGAAGUACGGACCAUCGGCACACUGACUAACCUUCAGAACUCUCUAUUCGUGCCAGAUCUGGGAGGUCUGAUUAACAGACGUCCGACGUACGACUUGUCGUCGCGGCGACCAACGACCGAGAGACCGGAGGUGCGUUCGGAGAUUCAGCGUAUCGUACGAUCGAGAGCAGGCACCCGAACGUCGCGCGCAGGAGUGCCUACUUCGAAGCCUUUCCCGGAACAUCCAUCGUCCGAGCUUGAGGACGGAAUCGAAUUGCAAGACUCACAGCUACGACGUAAGAUGUCUAUUUCUUCAGAACUCAGUGACUCGCACUACGCAGUUCUGCCUCAUGGUGUAAGUCUCGAAGGCUGGGGUGAAGAGGACGUCGCCGAGCUUAACGAUCACGUGCGACAUCUGCUUCAUUCCAAGCGCGAGGGCUUCAAGCGUUCGAUGAGAGGCUUCAGGCAAUACGUCAGUAAGCCACUGGGUCUGUUCGUAUUCGUCUAUGCAACCCUGGUCACACUAUUCGGUGCUGCUUGGGUAUUUGCACUUAUUGGCUGGAUCUACGUUGGCGACCAACAGGACUACAUCAUCAACAUCAUCGAUCUCACCCUGGUAGCUCUGUUUGCAUUGAUGGGCGACGGGCUAGCUCCAUUUCGCGCUGUGGACACAUACCACAUGUGUUUCAUAGCACACUAUCAUCAUCUAACAUGGCGUUUGAGGCAAGAGAGCCAACUGCCUGCACUCGUCGAUCAUAACGAUCUGCCAGACAGGCGAAGAAGUGCCACCGAGACCGAAAUCGACGACGCAAUUGACCGAGCUGAGACCGCCGAGUUCUCAGUACUCACUCCACGACAACAGAAGCGCUUGCAGUAUCAUCAAGCCAAGUUCAACAAGAGUCACACCUUCUACAAACCUCACGAGACCACGACGCACCACGCUUUUCCUCUUAAGCUGAUGAUCGCUGCAGUGGUACUGCUGGAUUGCCACAGCUUGCUUCAAGUAGCACUUGGAACAUGUACCUGGUCCAUUGACUAUCGCGUGCGGCCUGAGGCGCUCACUGCCACCAUUCUGUCAUGCUCGAUUACCUGCAAUAUUGCUGCUGGUGUGGUGAUCAGUAUAGGGGACCACAAGACGCGCAAGAAGGACGUUCUCGAACGCAUGUUCCGCCAGAGUCUGACAGAGCAGGCAAUGAAGCGCAUGGCCAAGAAACACGACCGUGGAGAGAUGGCACUCACCGUGGACUCUAGGAAAGUCGAGAGCGCAGAUUUCCAGAGGGCUACGCAGGCAAGAGCUGGUGGAGAUUCGAGCUCGCGGGAGCGCUCGAAGUCGAAAGGUGGUCAUGACAGAUCCGAGGAGUACCUGACACCUGUGGAGCGUUGA